AUGCUGCAUUCCUCCGAAGCCAUAGGCGGUUCUGCGUCCCCAUCGCUUAAGGCGUGGUCCCGAGAGGUGAGGGGAGAGGAGGACGCGGUUCUGCUGCGCCACGCGCUGCAGUGCGGCACGAAGCAGUGGGGCGAGCUGGAGAGGAGCGGUCAGCUCAAGAGGAGCAACAAGUCGUGCUGUAACCGUUACAUCUUCCUCCGAAGGAAGUUCACUCACCGCUUUCGCAACAACAUUCUGCGAAAGCACCUGGAUGAUGCUGCAUCCCUCCAGCGCGCUUCAUUGGACGGACACAGUCAGCCGAUUUUCUUUCCGAAUUUCAAGCAGCAGCAGCAGCAGCAGCAGUGGCAGCGUGCGGGCGUGGGUUCACCUGAGCUCGCGUUCGGAGGGCUGUCGUUUGACGAGUGCACGGCCGUCUUUUUCGCCCCCAACGCACGCUGCCGCCACCCAGCUCUCCCACCCAAACUCCCAUCUUUCGCCAGCCCUCCUCCUGUUUCUCAAGCUACUCAUUUUGCUUCUCAAGCCGCCACCUUCACUGCUGCUGCUACUGCCGCUGCUUCUACCUUGGAUUUUACAUGCGCCCAUGAUGCCUUCCCCGUUGCUGCUACCUCCAACGCUGUUGCUUUGCGCCGCCCAGUGAAGCGACCAAGGGACGACUGCGCCGGACUGGGGGCAGACCAGCCGCUGCUUCGCGGACGUGAGAGCCGGUUGAUGCCAGGCGGGGUGAUGAGUGGCGGGAUGGUGCGAGGGGGGAUGCGGUGCGAGGGGGUGUCGUGUUGCACGCAGCGCCGGCGUCAGUCAGUGGCGGAGCAGUUCCAACUGCAAGGGGAGAGCAGGUGCGUGCAGCAGCAGGGGGGGGCGAGCAGCGGCGUGCAGCAGGCAGAGGACGAAGCCCUUAUGGAGGCUCUGCUGCAGGAGGAGCAUCGCCAGCAGCAGCCGGGAGGAGCGAGGAGCAGGGCGCAGCGGGUGUUGUGGCCGCGCGUUGGGUCGGAGAGUGCCCUUCCAGACGACGUGCUGCUGGGACUCACCGGCGCCGAACCUACCUUCACGCAACGUGCUGCUCUGUCUGCUCCUCCGCCCACCCAUCCACGUAUAGUGCUGCCAGCGCCAAUGCCAUCCGAACUCACUGCUCCGCCUGGCUCCGCUCUCUGCUUUGGCAAUUCCAUUCUUUGCUGCGGGGAUUCUGCUCCCUGCUUUGGGUAUUUCUCAUUGCAGCCAGUGGAGUGGCCUCGCGUUGGGUCGGAGAGUGCUCUUCCAGACGACGUGCUGCUGGGUCUCUGCUGCGAGGGCCCUGCCUUCUCGCCGUGCUCUGCUCCCUCGGCUCCUCCGCCCACUCCGCUGCCAGCGCCUAUGCCCUCCAUGCUUGCUGCUCCGCGUGGCUGCGCUCUCGGGAGUGAUUGUGCGACACAUGAGCUGGAAUACUUGGACGCAUGUAUUGAAAUGCUUGCCAACGGAAACAACAGCAACGACAGCAACGCCAACAACAACAACGGCAACGGCGACGAGGCUCUCUUUCUCGACACGCCUGUGGCUCACAUGCUGCUGGGUGGGCGUACCCUCACCGAGCACUGCGGGAGUGGGCCUCAGCAACACGCGCUGGCAGCCCCUGGUGCUGCUGGAGCAGGCCUGCCUGAGUGGGCGGUGGAGCAGGGAGGGGCCUGGGAGGGAGGUGCUCAGCGGCACCAACACCGGCAGCUGAAGGGUUGUGGGCGUGGAGAGUUGGAGCGCAUUCUCUCACACCGCCAACUGCUGCAGCCGCUCUCCCAAACUCCUAUGCAGUCAGCCCCUACUCAACCACUCCUCUAUGCUGUGCCCAGUGCAUUGAACACGCCCUCGAAUCCAAGGAGCUCGCACAUGCAAGUUCCCAUACAGCCACGCCCAGCCAUGCUGCAGCAGCCCUUCCCCACUGGUGGUGCUUUACCAGCUCUCUGCCAACCCCAUGCUGCUUCCUUGGCCCGACAUGGCCUUUACUCUGAGAGAUGA